GGAUAUAGUGAAUGCAGGGUCCAGGGAGACCGGAUAUAGUGAAUGCAGGGUCCGGGGAGACCAGAUAUAGUGAAUGCAGGGUCCGGGGAGACCAGAUAUAGUGAAUGCGGGAUCCUGGGAGACCGGAUAUAGUGAAUGCAGGGUCUGGGGAGAGCGGAUAUAGUGAAUGCAGGGUCCGGGGAGACCGGAUAUAGUGAAUGCAGGGUCCGGGGAGACCGGAUAUAGUGAAUGCAGGGUCCGGGGAGAGCAGAUAUAGUGAAUGCAGGGUCCGGGGAGACCAGAUAGAGUGGAUGCAGGGUCCGGGGAGACCAGAUAUAGUAAAUGCAGGGUCCGGGGGGACCAGAUAUAGUGAGUGCAGGGUCCAGGGAGACCGGAUAUAGUGAAUGCAGGGUCCGGGGA